GAUUAUCGAGAACUAAAACUUCUGAUUACCCUCUUCCAUCUUCAUUCCUAUCAACACUUACUCUCACCCAAUCAUCAGAAUGAAGACAUCUUUUGCACUUGCCGUCUUGUCGCUCUUCUAUACGCACUGUCUCGCUGUCUCAGUUGACAUGUGGUCUUCACCUCUCAAGGAGCGAGCUGCACUCAAGUACGAAGCCAUCGAGCCUGAAGUUAUCAAGGCUCGCCUUGGUACUACUCCUGACGAGAACAGUGAAGGGGGUCGAGAGUCUGGCAUGGUUUACUUCUGCCGUGAGGAGAACUGGGGAGCUCCAUGUUUCGCCUAUCGUCCUGAACUUGAAUAUACAUGCAAUGAGCUAGGCCCUGAGCUAAAGGGACAUAUCGGAUCUGUUUUCAUUGAUCCUGGUAUGAUCUGCCGUCUAGCUGGAUUCAACAAUGAUCGAUGUGCCCCGAUCAAAAUAUUUGCCUGGCCCGAGACCCAAUACGGCUGGCCUGACCUAUUCCAUCAGAAUGCCCCAGGAGGAGCUAUGAAGCUCGGAGCUGCAACAACACAUUUCACAUGCGCUGAGUGUACCAACUGCGUUGAGAAAUCUGGAUAA